AUGACCGGCGAACCAAUGACUGCCCGUGGAGCUGCCACCGGCCGUGCGCCUCAUCUGCAGGCCCCCCACGCGAACCACCCACUACAGGCGCUCCGGACGGAUGAUAUCGAGGUGCAGGUGCUUGAGCAGGGCAUCGAGCUGUGCAGUAGCAGCGAGCGAAAGUCACACGCAGCCGGUGGUUCGUCCUCGGCCGGUUCGAAACCACCCUCUGGGGCAGGUCGUGGUCGUCCCAGCGUACAAUCCUCCACCACAGGCACCACCUCGCUGGGCACCACCACCACCACCGGCAGUUCGAGUGCGCCACCCGGAACCGGAACUGGCAGCGGAACUGCAACCGUGCCCGGUGCAUCUCGAAUGGCGUCUCUCAAAAACCCAGUCGGAUGGGUUUGCUGUGCACCCUGCAUCUGGCUGCGCAGCUCACCAGCCGUCCACAAGAUGUCGAUCACGACGGCAACCCUGCUCGUGACGUCACUACUCGUCGCCUCACCGAUACUGUUCCUGAUCUCGGCCGCACCGUCCCAGCUACCACGGGAUUGCUUCGCGACGGAUGAGGACGAUUGUCAUCCGACGCCGGCACCACCGCCUGUGUGUGCAGAUCCGAUUUGUAGGGCCGCGGCCAUUAGCAUCGCCUCGCGCAUGAACUGGGACGUGGAACCGUGCCGGGAGUUUAAGAACUACAGCUGUUCGACGAUGGAGAGCAGCUUAAGGGCGGUCAAAAGCGCCCAGGAGCUGGCCGACACACAGAUGCAGCAGCUACUGUCUCUCAAUACGACGAGCGGUAUCUUCCGGAAGUUGGGUCGGUUGUAUGGAAGUUGCCUGCGGCAGGAACUCAACGACAGCAGCAUCCGGCGGCGACUGGAACAGCUCGGAGGCUACCUGCACAUCGGUUCGGUGGGACCACAAAGCAUAUCGCCGUUGGUGGCAAAGAUCCAGGCGAUCGGACCGCUGCCUCUGAUCGGUAUUUACUAUGAUCUCAGCUAUGGCCGUAAACCCCACACGCUGCUGAUCAUCGAUGGACCAAAUACGCCACCGAACAUACUCGAGAAUCCCGUUCGAUGGAAUGGACCGAAGGCGCCACCCUACGACGUGGACGAGGUGCCGGAGUUGUUGGGAGAGUUGGCCAACAGCUUUUUGCCGCUGGGUUUGAGCAACGACCAGCGCCAGUCCGAGCGGAAUCUCAUCGUGAGCUUUAUACGCGAGUUGAAUCAGAUCCGCCGGAACUACGUGCAGAAGGACUUCACCAGCAGCUACGUGCUCAACAACGUGACGGCCCUCGCGAACGCGCAUCCUUUCCUCGCCUGGGCCGACCUAGUGCCACGCAACUGGACUGGUCCGAUCGUAAUCCGCAGUCCGGAAUACCUGCGGCAGCUACGCAAACUGCUGCUCCUGUACCAAAACCGCGUCAUUCACAACGCGCUGCUGAUGCUGUUCGCACUUAACACGCUGCCCCCGGGUAGACCUUCGCCGUUGGUUUGCACACGGGCCACCAAUUGGGCCCUACCCGAGGUCACAUCGGCCCUAUUCGUCGCCCAGUACAGUGAGGAGGUCAUCCGGCACGCGAUCCAGCGGACAGAGGAGAUGUUCGAAAACAUGAAGCAACAUCUGAAGCGGGCCCCGUCGCUUCGAGGUGCCGCCCUGGUACGGUUGUCCCAGCUGAAGGUGCAGGCCAAGGUGUGGCCAACGUUGUUCAACCGCACGGAAAUCGCGUCCGUCCUCGACGAGAUCGAGAUCAGCUCGGACAAUUGGUUCGAAAAUGUGCUGAAAAUCUACGAAAUCAACAACAAUCGUACGCGGGCGGUCAAUUUCACCGUGGACUCCUCGCAAACGGCGUACGCGUACCCGCAAAUCUCGAAAGUGUUCUACGACACGCUGUCGCACUCGAUCGUCGUCCCAUUGUCGGUGAUCCUGGUGCCGUACUUCAACCCAGUGCUUCCACCGUACCUACACUACGCCUCCCUCGGUACGACGCUCGCCAAGGAGAUCCUGCGCUCGAUCACGAAGGCGUUCGAGGCGAAGAUCAUGCAGUGUGUCCCGAGUGCGGUCAGUGUUUUCUCAAACGCUAGCCGUAUGGAGCUGUUGAUCCACUCGGGCGGGUUGCAGAUCGCGUACCACACGCUUCUCUCGCUGUCCGGACCGAUCAAGGGCAUGAACCGGUUGCUUGGGCUGAGCCUGACACCACCGCAGAUUUUCUUCCUGAUAUCCGCCCAACAGCUGUGCGCGGAGUCCGACUACAGCGGGAUCGACGUCAAUUCUAGCGAUUUCGAUGAAAUACUCGCCUGGCUCAUCUCGCAGGGUGGCAGCGCAUCCGAUGUCUUUCAGUGUCACUCGACCACUAAGCUAAGCUACCAGAAGAACUGCGACAUAUGGUAG